UAUUUUCUGAUGAACGAGUGGAAUGAGACAUUUUAAAAGAUAAGAAUAAAAAUAUCUCAAAGUUACAAAAGAAAGAAAUUCCCCAGCACUUGUCAAGAGUCAAACUGUCAAAAUUGUCAAUGUCUGUCAUCAACUGGGCGACGUUGACAAGCGGUGUUGAAGUAUUAAUUUGUUGUAAUUAAUUAUAGUUUCUUCCGUUUGAGUUAAGUUUGAAAAUAAUGGGCGAGCAACAAUUUGAUUGCGCUUUAGAUUUGAUGCGGCGUUUGCCGCCUCAAGAAAUAGAGAAGAAUCUAGGAGACCUGAUUGAUUUAGUCCCCAGUUUAUGUGAGGAUUUGCUGUCUUCCGUUGACCAACCACUGAAAAUUUCCAGAGAUAAAGAAACAGGUCGAGAUUAUUUACUUUGUGAUUAUAACAGAGAUGGAGACUCGUACAGAUCGCCAUGGUCCAACACCUAUUAUCCUCCAUUAGAUGAUGGCUCUAUGCCAUCUGAGAGACUAAGAAAACUUGAAAUUGACGCCAACGAUGCAUUUGAUCAGUAUAGAGAAAUGUAUUUUGAAGGGGGUGUUUCGUCUGUUUAUUUUUGGGAUUUAGAGCAUGGAUUUGCAGGUGUUAUUCUUAUAAAGAAGACUGGUGAUGGUAGUAAGAAGAUUAAAGGGUGUUGGGACUCUAUUCAUGUAGUGGAAGUCCAGGAAAAGAGUUCUGGACGAACUUCACACUACAAAAUGACUUCAACUGCUAUGUUGUGGCUUCAGACCAACAAGCAAGGAUCUGGAACCAUGAAUUUGGGUGGAAGUCUAACAAGACAAAUUGAACAAGAUGCUCCAGUAAAUGAGGCUAGUCCUCAUAUUGCCAACAUUGGUCGAAUGGUUGAAGAUAUGGAAAAUAAAAUUCGAAACACUUUGAGUGAAAUUUACUUCAGUAAAACAAAAGAUAUAGUAAACAGUCUGAGGUCAGUGCAAUCACUAAGUGAAAGCUUGCAACAGCAAGCGUUGAAACAGGACUUGGCCGCUGCUCUUCAACGCAGGCAAAAUAAAACAGACAACUGAUGUUUUGAGAAUUCUGAAAUUUAUUAUGAAGAUGAAUAAUUAUAUUUAUAUUAGUUUUCUUAUAAUUUUGUACAUGCACUUUGACUUUCAUUUCAUUACAUACUUGCAUAAAUUAUAUUUAUUAAUUAUGAAAAUUCGCUUUAUAAAAGACGGCAUGUCAAAUUAGGGUUUUUCAUUUACAUCAAAUUAGAAUCAAUAAAUAAUUUUUAAAUAAAAUUUGUCUACUUCCAGAA